ACUUCUGUAUAAAUAUUACAUAACUUAAAGUGGUGGAGGUGAAUUCGAUGAUUAUGGCAUGAAAGAAAAAAUAUGGGUGGAGCUAUGCAAGGAUUGGAUGGAGUAAUUAUAAUCAACAAUAAAUAGCAUAAAAUAAAUUAAUGGAGAGUAUAAAAAAAGUAAAAAAUUUGGUAAAUGUGAUAUUAUUGAGAAUGGUAAUUUAUUUAUGUAAAUUCUCUUAUUUAUGAUAAAUUUUAUAGUGGUAGUGGAUCUUAUAAAUUAAAAUGGUAUGAAGGAUGGCAAAUGGAUUGAAUUGUGCAACGAUUGGUGUAGUAGCAGUGGAUUUUUUUUAAAAAUAGUCACUU